AUGGAUGUGGGGCUCCGGCCAAUGCCCUCGUCGAACCCCGGAUCGGCUUCCGGUGGGUCCGAGCUCCGGGAACUACUGAUCGAUAAAGCUCGGGAAUUGUUCGAGUUCUGUGAUACGGAAAACAAAGGAUUCAUCACCAAGAGAUGCAUGCAGAGACUGAAAGGACAGAUACCCUUGGAACCGGAUCAGCUGGAGGAGGUUUUUAAUCGACUCGAUGUUGACGGUAAUGGCUUCCUGACGCUGGAGGAGUUCACCGACGGCUUUGGAAUGUUCAUGGGAAUAGACACGAGGCCGCGGAAAAUGUCUUGUACCCAGGAAGAGAUGCUCGAAGCCUUUGGUGAUUUCCGAUCACGAGCACGGAGAGUGUCGUCAGUCGAAGAAAUCGACGAGAUUGAUGAGGAAGAUUCGAAGUUCGAAGAGUUCCUCGACAGCCUGGGCGCGCAUCAGCUAUUCAAAGACGAGGAUUACGUCCGCAUGAUGUGGAGUCAUCUGAGCAAAGAGAAUCCUUCCAUGUUGCAAAAUUUCGAGGAGUUCCUCACGAAAGUCACCGGCAACAUAAAGGAGACGGAGAAAGAAUGCAGCAGCUUGGAGAGUGCCUUGAUCAGUCGCAAAAUGCAACAAGAUGAGGAGGUUCAGAAACUUUACGAAGAGAUGGAAUCGCAACUGAAGCAGGAGAAGGAACGAGCUCUCAGAGAAGAGCGCAAGAGACAAGAUCGGCUCCGUGGCGAACUCGCGAGCGAGCUCCAGACUAAGGAUCGCAUACUACAAGAGCUGAUGAGCAAGCAUUGCGAGUUGGAAGAGCGAUUCAACGACAUAAAUUGCUCGGAGACCGACAUCAAAUUGAGGAACGCCAGACUCGAGAAGGAAAGAGACACUCUCGAGAAGCGUCUGAACGAAACUGAGAUUGUCGUGCAAAAAAUGCAAAACUACAUGGAGACCCUACGUCAACAGAGCCUAGACGAGAAGCGAGCUCGUGCUCAGUCGGCGCUGCAAGCUUCGGAGUCAAUGGCCUUGGAACGAGGCAAUUUGAUCAAGCAAUUAGAAAUGCUCCGGACCAUGAACAAGCAGCUCCUGGAUCAGAAGGAUGAAAUCAACCUACUCCUCAGAGAGAAAAAAGAGGCUUCGGCCGCGGACGCCGAGGAACGAAGGUCGGAUUAUUUUUCUAUCGAAGGCGAAGACGUAUCCCUGGUGUCCCAAGGCAGCGCGCGCUCCAGUCAAGGCAGCUUCAGGCGGAGUCCCAGGUACGAAGGCAACAACCCGUUCCUGCAGCAGCAGCGGCCCAACCCGAACGUGACUGCAAACGAAUUCAAAACAACGCGAACCCUGGUCCAUCCGGAGAGAUUGUUCAAAGUUGUCAUCGUCGGCGACUCUGCCGUGGGGAAGUCCAGUCUGAUCAACCGCUUCUGUCAGGGACAAUUUGUUCCUUCGUUCAACGCAACCAUAGGAGUCGACUUCCGCGUCAAGUCAGUGACCGUCGAGGGCCGGCCUGUAGCACUCCAGCUGUGGGACACUGCCGGUCAGGAGAGAUUCCGAAGCAUAACCAAGCAGUAUUUCCGGAAAGCCGAUGGAGUAAUCAUCGUGUACGACGUCACCAGCGAGGAAUCAUUCAAAAACGUCAGAGCAUGGGUGUCGGCCCUACAGGACGGGGUCACGGAUGAAAUAGCGUUGAUGAUUGUGGGUAACAAAGCCGACAUGGAUACCGCUCUCCGAAUGGUUUCAUUUAGUACGGGCCAGAAACUCGCACACGAAUACGAGGCGAUUUUCCACGAAACGAGCGCUAAAACGGGUCAAGGAAUCGAUCCUGCUAUGGAACACUUGGCGAGCUUGCUCCGGGUGAAAGAAGACGAAGAAAUCGAGAAAGCGGUCAAUCUGCAGGGUGAAACUCCAUCGAAGCGAUGCUGUUGACUUCGAAACACUCAAUGUCAUUUGGAUCACGGGAAGCUGGUGCAGAAAACGGGACAACAAAGUCCCCUGGUCCCUCCGGAACAUUACACAAUAAACUACAACGAUGAUUUCUGUGGUCCGAAAUGGGAACCACUCUUCCCAUCGAGGCACCAGUCUUCGACCAGUGGUGUGGGUGAACCG